UCCGGGUCUCCCAUUGUCUGCUCUUCACAAUGGUCCACUCUCCAACUCUUCCCCUCCCCCUCUCCCAUUAUCCCGCCCCCCCUCUCUCCCACUCUCUUCCUCUCCCGCUCUCUCGUUCCCUCCCAUGCCGCCACACCUCCUCCGCGCCCUGAAGUAG